AUGGAGAAGCUCAUCUCUAGCAGAUGCAACUUGCAAUAUGUUCCAGAGUCUUACAUACUACCACCAGAAAGCAGACCUGGGAAAGAAGCUCCUCUCUGCAACAUGGUACCAGUAAUUGAUCUAGGUGGAGAAUUAUGUCAUGAUAAUUCAACUCUAACUCAGCAAAUUAUGAAGGCUAGCCAAGAAUUUGGAUUCUUUCAGUUGGUGAAUCAUGGCAUUCCCAAUAAGCUAUUGGAUGAUGCAACGCAAGUAGCCAAGGAGUUCUUUGAAUUACCUAUUGAGGACAAGGCAAGGUUAUACUCAGAGGACCCUAAGCAAGGUUGUCGAUUAUAUACAAGCAUUGACUAUGCUAAUGAGGAUGUACACUACUGGAGAGAUUCUCUAAAGCAUCCUUGUCAUCCUUUACAGGAACACAUCCAAAACUGGCCUAAUAAGCCAACUAGAUAUCAGGAUGUGAUGGGGAGCUAUUCAGUGAAAGUGAGGAAGCUCAGUUUGCAGCUUUUGGAUAUGAUUUGCAAAGGAUUGGGACUUGAAUCUGGAUAUUUCAAUAAUGAACUUAGCAGUGUUCAAUUAAUGGCUAUAAAUCAUUACCCACCUUGUCCAGACCCAAGUUUAACUUUGGGUUUGCCUAAACAUGGUGAUGUUUUUCUCAUAACUCUUCUUUUUCAAGGUGAAAUGAAUGGGCUGCAAGUCUGGAAGGAUGGACAAUGGUUUGCAGUUGAGCCUCUUCCCAAUGCACUAGUGGUUAAUAUUGGACACAUGUUGCAGAUUAUCAGCAAUGGGAAGUUGAUGAGCGCUGAUCACAGAGUGGUGACAAGCAAAGGACUUGCACGAACAACAGUUGGUUGCUUCAUCCUUCCAUCCCACAAUUGCCAUAUUGAGCCUGCAAAAGCACUUGUUGUUGGUGACUGUGUUCCUUCUCUUUACAAAUCUUUUGAAUUCAAAGACUUCCUUAGUACUUACGUAGCAGAUACUCAUGCCAGAGUGCCACCACUUGAGCGAUACAAGCUUCAAUAA